AUGUCCUCCACAACCGACAACACUCCCAUCUCGCCCACCUUUAACUCCCCAACCAACCAGCAACGUCGCGACUCUCUGGAGAAGCAUCUCCAGACUCGUCCCGAGCUACAGGAUCUGAAAGAUCGGCACAUCUUGUUGAAUACCAGCGUUGCUCCCGGCCUCCAAGCUGCACAGGCAGAGCUCGCCCGCCAACAAGCAACGAAUAGUCUCAGAAAACACCUCGAAAAUCGCCCAGAGCGUGAUGAGCUGGUUGACCGAAACAUCCUCCCCGGCCGCCCCGACGUGGCACCUGCGCUACAGGCCCAUGCAAAGGAACUAGAGAAGCACAUGCUGGCCGAUAACUUGGAACAUAAGAUCAAGGAAAGACCUGAUCCGGAUGAGUUGAUUGAGAAGGGUAUACUUGAUUUGAAUGAGGAUCCUCGGAGUCCAGCUGAGUAA